GUGUGAAUAAAACAAUAAUUGACCGGUAAAAAAAACCAUAAUUUUACCCUAAUAUUUAGUUUCCAAAACCUUUCUUCCCCCAAUAGCCGUAAAAAAGGUUAAAAAAAAAGAAACAAAAACCCAGAAAAUUUUAACUCUCUCGUCUCCUUCAAUGGCUAUCGCUCUCAAUCUCUGAAUUUCAUCCUCUGUCUCUUUCUCUCAAUCAGAGAUUUUUUCAAGUAUUCUUGAAUCUCAAUUUCUCUUUCUUUUUCCACUUUCAAUUAUACUUUUGUAUAAACAUUUUUACACAUAUACACAGACAUUUAUAAAAAUAUCUUGUCUCUCCCUCCAAUGGAUUCUCCGAAACUGCCGUACUCCCUCUCCGCCUCUUCCUCCGCCCCGUUUGCUUCAUCCGUCGUAAAACCUCACCAGAAAAAACUCCUUACCCGUAAUUGCAUCCUCAUCAUCAUCGCAACGUCCUCUAUUCUCCUCCUCCUCCUAACUCUCCUCAUCUACGCUACCGUCUCUAAAUCCUCCCGCAACCACCAUAACUCAACGCACCAAAACCCAACCUCCAACGAUCCUCCGCUUCCCCCUCCUCCGAUCGCUCAGAUCCGUCUGGCCUGCAACGCGACGCGUUUCCCAGACCAUUGCGUCACCUCCCUCUCUAAACCGGGUCAAGUCCCUCCGGAUCCUAAACCGGUUCAAAUAAUCCACUCUGCGAUUUCAGUCUCAUACGAGAAUCUCAAAUCCGGCCAGUCAAAAAUCAAGGCUAUCCUAGACUCAUCCGCAGAGAAUAAAAACCGUACGAACAUCGCCAACAUUUGCCUCGAGAUCCUCUCUUACGCUCAGCACCGUACCGAAUCAACGGACGUCGCCGUGACGGGAGGCGAAAUCAAAGACGCUCGUGCUUGGAUGAGCGCAGCUCUAGCUUACCAGUUCGACUGCUGGUCCGGUCUCAAAACCGUCAACGAUACGAAGCAAGUCGUCGACACGAUCACUUUCUUCGAAGAUCUCGUGAACCUCACCGGAAACGCGUUGAGCAUGAUGUUAUCGUUCGACAACUUCGGGGACGACAUCGUUUCGUGGACUCGUCCAGCGACGGAACGAGAUGGGUUUUGGGAGAAAGCUGGGCCGAGUUUGGGCUCGGGUACGGGUAAAGAGGCUAAUUUGGGAUUUCCGUCUGGUUUAACGGAAGACGUGACGGUGUGUAAAAACGGAGGGAAAGAUUGUAAAUACAAGACGGUGCAAGAAGCCGUUAACGCAGCGCCGGAUACUAACGGAACCGUUAAGUUCGUGAUACGGAUUAGAGAGGGCGUGUAUGAGGAAACCGUUAGGGUUCCGUUUGAGAAAAGGAACGUCGUCUUCAUCGGAGACGGAAUGGGCAAAACGGUAAUUACAGGAUCGUUGAAUGUUGGACAACCAGGAAUGACAACGUUCAACUCUGCAACUGUCGGAGUUCUCGGCGAUGGAUUUAUGGCUCGUGAUUUAACCAUAGAGAAUACGGCAGGAGCAGACGCGCGUCAAGCGGUUGCGUUUAGAUCAGACAGUGAUUUCUCAGUACUCGAAAACUGCGAGUUUCUCGGGAACCAAGACACUGUUUACGCUCACUCGCUCCGUCAGUUUUACAAACAAUGUCGAAUCGAGGGCAAUGUAGACUUCAUCUUCGGUAACUCAGCUGCUGUAUUCCAAGACUGUGAUAUCCUUAUCGCUUCCAAACAUUCCAAACUCGAAAAUGGCGCAAACAACGCCAUCACAGCACACGGGAGGAUUGACGCGUCUCAGUCCACGGGAUUUGUCUUUUCGAACUGUUCGAUUAAUGGAACUGAGGAAUACUUGAAAGAGUAUCAAGCUAACCCUAAAGGGCAUAAGAACUUCUUGGGAAGACCAUGGAAGGAAUUUUCGAGGACGGUUUUUGUAAACUGUAAUCUUGGGUCCUUGAUUAGUCCUGACGGAUGGAUGCCUUGGAGCGGGGAUUUCGCGUUGAAGACUUUGUAUUACGGUGAAUAUAAGAAUACAGGUCCGGGAUCGGAUAGAUCGAAUAGGGUUCCAUGGAGUAGUGAGAUACCAGAGAAGCAUGUUGAUGUUUACUCUGUCGCCAAUUUCAUUCAGGCUGAUGAGUGGGCUUCCACGACAGCUUGAUUUUGUAAAGGAAAAUGAGGCUUUACUUAGGUUCUGAAAUGAAGUCAGGAGAAUGUAACUUUAUUCUAGUGUUAAAUAUUAGUGUGGUAUCUUUAUCGCUAUUCAUAGAUUUAAUAAUUGAAGAUAA